GCGCGCCACGCCCCCCUGCUCGCCGGCCGCGUGCGGAGCCGCGCGCCCCGGAGGUUCCCGGACCGUGGCGGCGGGCGGCGGCGGCAGAGCAGCCCUGUGCGGGCCAUGUCUUCUCCGGCCGUGGCGAGGGCGUCCCCGGGCGGGAAUCGGGAGGCGUCCGGCGGACCGCGGAGCCGGAACGGGCCGUGGGAAGUGGGCGGCGGCGGCGAGCGGUUGGAGCGCGCGGGCGCGGAGUCGGGGCGCUGGGAGCUUCUGCUCCGCCGCGGAGAGCUGCUGGCGCUGGGCGGCCACCUGAAGGGAGCGCUGGAGGCGUUCGCGGCUGCGCUGCGCCGCGGGGCCCCGGCCAGGCCCGAGCGCCUCGGGUCGCUAGUGGACUGCCUGGUGUUCAGCUACCGGCUCCGCCACGGGCUGCGCUGGAGCGCGGCACCCGCGGCGGGCGCGGCCGGGCUGCUCAGCUGCCUGAGCUGCCGGGGCUUCCUAAGCGAGCCGGUGACCGUGCCGUGCGGCCACAGCUACUGCCGCCGUUGCCUACGGAGGGAGCUGCGCGCCCGCUGCCGCCUGUGCCGGGACCGCCUGCCACCCGCCGCCGCCGCCUCGGAGGGGACCCCGCGGCCGCCGCCCCUGGCCGCCGCCAUCGCCGACUUCCGAACCAGCGUCGUGCUCAACCACCUGGCGGAGAAGUGGUUCCCGGGCCAGCGCGAGCGCGCGCGGGCGGCCGGCCGCCUCGGGGAACUGCUGCACGAAGGGCGCUACCGGGAGGCCCUGGCCGCCGCCUGCGACGCCCUGCGAGCAGAGCCCAGCGACCUGACUCUCAAAAUCUACAGAGCGGAGUCGUACGCCGGCCUGCAGGAGUUUAAGGCGGCCCUAGAGGAUCUGAACGCAGUUCUCUUUCAGCUUCCCAACUGGCCCGAGGUCUACUUCAGGAAAGGGAAGGUCCUCCAGGAUGCCGGCUUUCUAGGCGAUGCCUUACAGCUCUUUCUUCAGUGCUUAGCCCUCGAUGAAGACUUCGCGCCCGCAAAGCUACAAGUAGAAAAGAUUCUGUGUGACUUACUGUCACCUGAAAAUGUAAGGGAAGGCCUGAAGGAGUCUUCCUGGAGUUCGUUACCGUGCAUUAAGAGCAAACCUCUUGGUUUUCCAUCAGUAAUGGAGCAGCCACACUCCCCUGCUGAGCUUGGCCUGAAGCAGCCUGAAGAACGAGUGGAGGAUGCCCCAGAGCCUGUCAAAGGAAGCUUAAGCCGCGCCCAGUCAGCACAAGCCAUCAGUGCAGCGGCAGUGCCUGCCAGGGAGGACGGUUUAAAGCGCGUGUGCUCAGAACCCUUACUGUCCGCCCAGGGAAAGGGGGUCCUGCUCAAACGAAAGCUGUCUCUCUUAGAACAGGACGUGCUUAUUAACGAAGACGGGAGGAGUAAGCUCAAAAAGCAAAGCGAAUCUCCCAGUGAAGACUGUAUGUUUUCAAUAGCUUAUGGCGACAUCCCAGAAGAACUAAUCGACGUCUCAGACUUUGAGUGUUCUCUCUGUAUGAGGUUGUUUUUUGAGCCAGUAACAACCCCUUGUGGACACUCAUUCUGUAAGAAUUGUCUUGAGCGUUGUUUAGAUCAUGCGCCAUAUUGUCCCCUCUGCAAAGAAAGCUUAAAAGAGUAUCUAGCAGACAGGAGGUACUGUGUCACCCAGCUGCUGGAGGAGUUAAUAGUGAAAUACCUGCCAGAUGAGCUGUCCGAGAGGAAGAAAAUCUAUGAUGAAGAAACUGCUGAGCUCUCACACUUGACCAAGAAUGUCCCAAUAUUCGUUUGCACUAUGGCCUACCCCACUGUGCCUUGCCCACUCCAUGUGUUCGAGCCCAGAUACAGGCUCAUGAUCCGAAGGAGUAUCCAAACUGGAACCAAGCAGUUCGGGAUGUGCGUCAGUGAUACACAAAACAGUUUUGCAGAUUAUGGUUGUAUGCUACAAAUCCGAAACGUGCAUUUCUUACCUGACGGAAGGUCUGUUGUUGACACAGUUGGAGGGAAGCGGUUCAGAGUUCUAAAAAGAGGAAUGAAAGAUGGAUAUUGCACUGCAGACAUUGAGUAUCUAGAAGAUGUUAAGAUUGAGAAUGGAGAUGAAAUAAGGAGCCUGCGAGAGCUCCAUGACUCGGUGUACUCGCAAGCCUGCAGCUGGUUUCAGAAUUUAAGGGACAGAUUUCGAAGCCAAAUCCUUCAGCACUUUGGAUCAAUGCCUGAGAGAGAAGAAAACCUCCAGGCAACACCCAAUGGACCUGCAUGGUGUUGGUGGCUGCUGGCAGUCCUCCCUGUCGACCCGAGAUAUCAGCUCUCCGUACUGUCCAUGAAGUCUUUGGAGGAACGGUUGACGAAGAUACAGCAUAUUCUGACAUACUUUUCUAGAGACCAGUCUAAGUAACGAACUGCCUGGAUCUCACUUAGCUCGCUCUCAGCCCAGAGGCCGAGAUGCGCGGCUGGAUCUUAACUUUUAACGUCGCCCUGAUCUGGCUCCAGUUGACAGCCGGAUUGCCCGCUGCCUUUUGCACACCCAGUGCUGGUUUAAGAAAUCAAGGAAACUUUUCUUUUCUUUAAACCUCCUGAAUCUCGUGGAUCUGCAAAUGAAUACCUUCAACUAGGUCCCAGACCACUAAGAACUUGCACAGAAAACACGCACUGAAUGUGUGUUAAACCUCGACAUUGUGAUGAAGUUGCACUAUGUACCAUAUUCUGAAUGAACUAAGAACUCCGUGGAUGUGUGACGUGUGUGUGUGUGUGUGUGUGUGUGUGUGUGUGUAUAUGUGUGUGUGGUGUGUGUAUGUGUGUGUGUGUGUGUGUGUGUGUGUGUGUGUGUGUGGUGUGGUGUGUGUGGAGUGUAUGUGUGUGUGUGUGUGUUGUGUGUGUGUGUGUGUGUGUGUGUAUGUGUGGGGGGGUGUGGGGGGUGUGUGUAUAUGUGUGUGUGUGUGUGCUUUUUUCUCUGGCUUUAAAUUUUAAAAGACAAAAAAAAAAAAAAGCCAUAGGGAGCGGACUUGCUGAAGGCCCUCUGCUGCCCAUGUUUACAGCGGUAGUCAUAGGAGUUUUCGCAGGUUGACUUUGCCUCAGAUUUAUUCCCCCAUGCUUCUCUUUGCACAAGUAUGUAAACUACGGUCUAGAGUAUCAUUUUUUCUGUUGGAAAUCCUGCUCUUGCUGAACUGUCUUGGCCGUUGACUUUGACACAGUUAAUUAUUUAUGUAAAUACAUGCAUCCCAGUAGCCGGCAGGCAGGGAUGCUGAAUCUCGAGCCAGUCUCCAGGAACAACUGCAAACCUGACACAUGGUACUGUGCAUCCAUUCAUAAAACACUUAAAACUGUGAAAAUAUGGUUUACAUUAAAAAUGUACAUAAAGGUAGACGGAGAACUCGAUUCAGCCAGUUAGCUUGUACAUUUUAGGGGGCUUUUCACAUUAACUGCCCGUCUAUGUCAUUUAGAGUUUGACACGAUAACUUGUAUUUAAGGAAUUAUGUAGUGUAUAAAUCGGUCGAGGAUCUGGGGGAGGUGGAGAAGCUUACUGUAGGACUCAGCUUGUAAGGUUCGUUUUGUUUUGACUCUGGUCUUGGUGCAAAUGUUAGUUAUGCCUUAUUCAUACCAGUUAGAGCACCGUGCUGUGACAUGGGUAUAUCCGUGCUGCCCGGCCCUUUUAUAAUUAUUUGUUGCAGAUUUGUGACUGUCUCUAUUAACUUUCUUUUAUGUAAGUAAUUUGUACAAGUUUCUUAAGAUUUUUGCUUUUGCUUAUUUAAUUUUGAAUAAAAGCUAAAUUCAUAAUA